AACGAUUUUAAUAAAAAAGUUGUACUUGUAUAUAUAAGAGGUCUCAAUAGCUAAGAAUGAAGAAACAAACGCUUCAUUUCAGAAGCAAAAACACACAAAUUUUCAAGCGGCAACUCCGAAGCUAGUUCAAACUAGUGGGGGGUUGUUUGCUAUUAAGCAUUCAAUCACAAAAAAUUUAAUUUACAAAAAAUAUUUCAUUGAUCGAUAAAUAAUUUGUUGGUUAAUAAUUUCUGAAGAACAACGAAAGAAAACAGAAACUUGGAGAUCAAAGAUUGAUAGAAUGGCGCGAGGAAAGGUGCAGCUGAAGCGGAUAGUGAACCCGGUGCAUAGGCAAGUGACGUUCUGCAAGAGGCGAGCAGGGUUGCUGAAGAAGGCUAAGGAGUUAUCUGUUCUUUGUGAUGCUGAUAUUGGGGUUAUUGUUUUUUCACCUCAAGGCAAACUCUAUGAACUUGCUACUAAAGGAACCAUGCAAGGGCUGAUUGAGAAGUACAUGAAGUGCACAAGUGGUUUUCUCCCAGCUGAAUGUGACAGUGUCACACAGAAGCACUUACUGAAAUCCAAGGAUGAAGUCAACAUGAUGACACAUGAGAUCAAAUUACUUGAGAAAGGGCUCUGGUCCAUAUUUGGAGGGGCAGAAGGAGCGAUGACCUUGGAUGAACUGCAUGCACUGGAAAAGCAUCUCGAGUCAUGGAUUUACCAAAUUCGUGCUACCAAGAUGAAAAUUAUGUUUCAGGAGAUUCAAGUUCUGAAGAACAAGGAGGGUGUCCUGAGGGCUGCGAACAACUAUCUUCAACAAAAGGUUGAAGAGCAACAUGGGUUUUAUAAUGUUGAACCACUGACAACUAACAUCCCAUACACACUGACUAUACCAAAUGAAAUAUACCAAUACUAGUUAGUGUACUAACAACAUAUAUUUCUUUGUAGUUUAAUGAAUAAAAUUGAGAUACAAUUUGGCUCAAUCUCUAUGUAAUGUAUCUCUCUCUAAGGUUUGAGAUCAAACUAUUGAAACUUUGUGUCAUGAUUUUGCUUAGUGGUUGCUUGUAUAAUACACUGAAUUAUGGCAUAAAUUUAUGUAUUGUGACCAAUGUAUUUGGUAUGGUUUUA